CAACGUCAGUCACGUCAUUUUCUGUUAUCUACGAGCAAUUCUAGCGAUAAGGGCGAAUUAUAAACAGUAAAAAUGGAUAAUAAACCAUCGCUGAGUCAAUAUUUCGGCGAUAAGGAAGUUCCUCCCGCCUCCCAGUUUUUCGAUGAAAUCGGGACAUCGCCCUCUGAUAUGAUACAGAGUAUUUAUUUAGGCGAAUCAGAAGGUAACCAAUCAACAUCAGGCAGCAUUUUUCCUCAAAACAUGAGUGCAUCUUUUAGUCAACAAAAAGUGCCUGAAGAGAUGACAUUUACGAAUGUUUUACCUACUGUGAGUGGUUCUACUGCGGUACCGGCGGCGAGUUUACCUGAUCCCUCGACGUUCUUCGACACUAUAGGCCCUGAACCUCAAAUAGUUCCCACUAAAAGUACUAUAGCUAGUCCUAGUAUACUUACAGAAGCAUUGGAUGGGUUAAGUAUUAAAAACCAACCUGUGGAUAAAGAGGCAGAUAGAAGGAGGGAUGCCUGGCUACCCAAUGAGGAAGCUAAGAAGACACUUAUGAAGGCUCAGUCGUCACCUAAAGGCUCGUUCUUCCCUGAGAGAGAAGUUCUCACAAUGCCAGGCCUAGUGCUUGAAGAGGAAUUGGCCGACGCACUUCAAGAGGUAGCAGUAAAGUACCUAGGAGUGAGCUCCGCUGGUAGCCGCGGCGUCGUCCGCGCGGAACAUGUGAGUCGCGACGAGGCGGGACUGAGGGAGCUACUGAGAACUGGGUAUCUGAGGGCUGCUAUUAAUCUUACACAUGUGUUGAUCAGUGCUGCUGGACAAGGUGUAGGCAGAAUGCAUCGUCCCACGAAACACACGCCGCGCUCCCUGCAGCUGUGGCUAACGAGGUUCGCGGUCAUGUUGAGGAUUAAACUGACUGAACCCUUGCUUAAAGAGGCUGAACCUUUCGGGGAUUUUAAUAAGCCUGAUAUGUUUUAUGAGUUCUACCCAGAUUCAUACGAAGGUCGCACGGGUAGUCUGGUACCGUUCUCGCUGCGACUGUUAGUCGCCGAACUGCCGGCACACGUCGGCAAGCCGGAGGAGGCUGUCGACAGACUGUAUGCUAUGCUCGACACUAUACAGACGAUGUUAUCAAACCUUCGUGAGGGUAAAACAGAAGAUGGUUCAGCCACAAUAUCAGAACAAGACAAGACUGAGUCUAUUCGUCUAUGGAUGGGCAGAGAGACUAGAGUCAAUCACUCUCUUGUCAACUGUGCUAUUGCUAUGAAGGACUACAGACAAGCAGCCCGCAUACUAACAACUCUACAACAGCAAUCAUCUUCUCCGGGACAGAAGCGAGCCAUAUGUUCCGCGCUAUGUCGCCUCUGGCUGUUAGCAGGACAUGUUAGAGCCGCCAUGACUUGCUUAGACAACGCCAGGGAAGCUAGGCAUCAUAUCUGCCCGACCCCGGACGUGAGAGAAUACGUGGACCUCGGGCUCAUCGACAUAGCGCACGGGAAAUAUCAGGAGGCGUACAAUAACUUUGCCAGAGCUGCCGACCAGGAACCCACUAAUAUUAUGGUAGCAAACAACUUAUCCGUCUGUCUACUAUACAUGGGUCGUCUAAAAGAAGCCAUUUCAGUAUUACAGAAAGCCAUAAAUUCAGACCCCGAAAGAGGUCUAAACGAGAGCCUUCUAAUUAACCUAUGUACGUUAUACGAGCUGGAAUCUUCAAAAACUAAUGAAAAGAAAAUUAAUUUGCUAAGAAUGUUAUGUAAAUAUAAAAGUGAUACAAUACCUAAUGUUUUAGAAUGUUUGAAAUUGUAGGUUAUAAUUUUUGGCGCGCAAUUAGCUCUUUCUGUAAUGAAAAGUAGGUUUUAUGUUAAUAAGGUAUGGCUGUAAGGUUCAAAGAAAAAAAAAAUGGUAAUAUUUAAUAAAAAAACUCAUAUUAUACUAAUUAUUGUAGAAGCGUUUUCGCAAAAGCGAAUUUGUCGCUUGGUUCUUCCGACAACAAAUAAAGAGCUAUCGUAGCGAAAGAUGUUUUCUAAAACCGCUCGUAAUUCGUAGCCCGUAGAAAAACCAAGAGAUAAAACUCGCUACUGCGAAAGUGCUGUAAUGCUUUUAAUCAAAAAUCUUAUCUUUGUAAAAAAAUCUGAAGUUGACAUUAUUUAAUUUUCUUAUAUUAGGCGGCCCCCUAGACUUGUAAACAUUGGGCAAUAUUGCAGGAAAAAUAUUGGUCGCUUAAAACAUUGCGCAAUGAAAUUGACCGUCUAGGGAGCGCCUUACAUAUAUUAUCAUAAAUAAAAUUGUUCUAUCAGCCGUGAAUUCCUUAGCAGAAAUUUUAAUAUAGAACAUGUAAAUAGUUAAUAAUAUAUUAUUUGUAUAUAAGAAUUUAAAUUGUGGAUGUGUGAUUAUGAUUAUAUCCCAAGACAACACACAAAAUUUAUUGAAAUAGCUAAUCUAAUAAAUAAAUCUAUGUAUAUUAAUACUCUACUGUAUAGUUAAAUUCUUUUCUAGGCUAAUUUAUGCAAUUGGAUAGCUGCUGAACUAGGGGCAGAUUGAAUAAUCGGCCCUGAAACUAUUAUAAACCAAUAAAAAACGCAUACAAUA